AUGACAAGCGGAUAUAAGGGAGUGGAUCCAAAAGGAACCACUGGAAUAGAUGCCGCUCCUCGAAUCGCAAGUCCAGAAAAGAGCCAAGAUGCAAACGAUCAACGUCCCGUGCUUCCAGAACAAUCCGCUAAUAUCGUAUCCAAAUGGCUUUUACUCUGGAUGGACAAGAUCUUCUACAAGGGAUACAAGAACUCUCUUACCAUAGACGACAUGUACACAAUCUCCUCUCGAUUCAAAGUGCAUGAACUAGUACGUGAAUUCGACGGGAUCUGGCACUCAGAGCUCGCAAGAAAACCGAUGGAAGAGACCAAAAACAAGAAACCAAACGAGAAGGAGAAUCUCGUUGUUGACGAUGAUGUAAAGCCGUCAUUCUUCAAAAAGCUAAUACCAAAAAACCCUAUGCCACCAAAAGAUCAAGUGUCGCUGAGUCGAGCAUUGUUCCUUAUGUGGUUUCCCAAAGCUUGGGAUUGUGGUGUAUACAAGUUUAUUGGAGACGUUUGCCAAUUGACCUCUCCGCUCCUAUUGGCACAGAUCAUAAUAUUCGUGCAAAAAAGUGCCACGUCUCCCAAUCCCCCGCCUCUGUAUAUGGGUUUCGUUUGGGUCAUAGUCCUGUUUGUUUUACAAAUAAUGUCAGCAGUAUUCCAAAACAGGUUCCAAGUGCUUUCAGCUGGCCAUGGUAUGGCCGUCAGAGCUACCCUCACGAGUGUGGUUUAUAAGAAAGCUUUACGAUUAUCCGCGGUGUCUAGACAAGAGUUCAAUGCAGGGAGGGUUACCAAUAUCAUUGCUGCAGAUUGCUCUCGUCUGGAAAUGUUUGCUUCUAAUUGUCAUUUGCUCUGGACUGCGCCUAUUAUGUUGCUUGGCAUUUUCAUUGUUCUGUUCAUUCAACUUGGACCUGCUGCGGUCGCUGGAUUUUUCCUUUUGAUUGCCCUGCAACCCGUACAGGAACGAAUGUGGAAACGACUUGCAGCCAUCCGAAAACAGUCUGCUGGAAUCACUGACCAGAGAGUUCGUCAAACGCAGGAAACCCUCAGCGGAAUCCGUGUCAUAAAAUUCUUUGCAUGGGAAGUGCCCUUUUAUACCCGGAUCAUGGAGCUGCGUCAUCAGGAAAUGAACCAAAUCAUUCGAACUUCUCUGACGAGAGCUUUGUUGCAAUCAAUUGCGUUCACAUUCCCAGUGCUCUCAGCCUCAAUAUCCUUUAUUAUUUAUGCUGUGACGACCCCGUAUUUGGACCCAUCCAGAAUUUUUGCUGCAGUCAGUCUCUUUACGAUGAUGCGUUUUCCUCUCAUGUACCUUCCUUUGGUUAUUGCUGCAUGGGCUGAAAGUGGUAUCGCCAUCGACCGUAUAUCUAGAUUAUUGCAAGCUGAAGAGGUUCAGAAUCUACCUGUAACAGACCUCAACGCUCCAAGUGCUAUACGAGUUACGAAUGGAGAAUUUAUAUGGGAAACUGAGCCUCCAGAAGUCGUAGCUAGGCGUGAAAGAGAAAUGAAGGAAAUGUUUAAAGGCGCUGGUGGUGGUAAAUUCUUGGGCAAGAGCUUAGGAAAUAAAGCUCAAGCAGCUCCAGUAGCAGCAGCCGAAGAGCGUAAAAAGAGAAAGUGGUUCCAGCGUAAAGAAGCUGACAAACCAGACGCUAAAGCUGGUGGAAUACCAAAACGACUCAAACCUGAAAUCGCCCCAUUCAAGCUUGAAAUCGAUUUAGAUAUACCACGUAAUUCUCUUGUGGCAAUUGUCGGUGCAGUUGGGUCAGGCAAAAGUACUAUUCUUAACUCGCUAAUUGGAGAGUGCACUCGUAUUUCUGGAAGCACUGUAUUUGGUGGAUCAGUUGGAUAUGCUGGCCAACAGCCUUGGAUUCAGAAUGCAACACUUCGAGACAAUAUUUUAUUUGGAAAGCCUUAUGAUGCAGACCGAUAUUAUCGCACGUUACAUACGUGUGCUUUAGAAAAGGAUAUUGGGAUGCUACCAGAUGGUGAUUUAACAGAAAUUGGUGAAAAGGGGAUCAAUUUGAGUGGUGGUCAAAAGGCUAGAGUCGCUCUUGCUAGAUUGGUGUACUUCGGUUCGGAUAUAGUGUUGAUGGAUGAUCCUCUGUCGGCUGUCGAUGCUCAUGUUGGACGAUUCCUGUUUGAAAAUUGUAUCCUAGAAACCUUGAAAGACAAGACGAGAGUCUUGGUUACCCAUCAGUUGCAUUUCGUAUCUAGAGCUGAAUAUGUGAUUGUCAUGAAGGGCGGUAAAGUCGCUGAGAGAGGCACCUUCCAAGAACUCAUGGAUGCAAAUGGAGAAUUCAGUGAGCUCAUGAAGUCGUAUGGUGGUGUUGACGAUAAGGAAGAUGAUGUAGAGGAGGUCAUAGAUGCUUCCAUUACCGCUGGAAACACUGCUGCCAGAAAGAAGUCGCUCGAUGGUGCCUUGACGCGAAUCUCUGACCAAGUUCAAAAGACAGCCAAAGCUGGUGCUGGAAAUGGACUCAUGGUGCAAGAAGACAAGGCGGUGGGAGCUGUAUCGCUAAAAGUUUACUGGGCAUAUGCUAAAGCAGCAGGAGGUUGGAUAUUUGUAGCACUUCUCGUCUUUAUUAUCAUUCUAGUACAAGUCGUGUCUGUCGGAAACAACUUCUGGCUCACUAUUUGGACAGAUAACCGUACUCCUUGGUUGAACCAAAGUGGCUAUAUUGGAAUUUAUGUCAUGUUUGGAAUAUUCCAAUCCUUCUCGUGGUUUGGGUUCUCAGCCUUCAUGGCUGUAGCCGGUAAUCGAGCUGCAAGAUCCUUACAUCUUGGUGCUAUUGAACGGGUGUUGUAUGCUCCAGUCAGCUUCUUCGACUCCACACCCCUCGGUCGUAUCAUGAAUCGAUUGUCUCGUGAUCAAGAUCAAUGUGACACUCAGUUGGUUGAUGGAAUCAGGAUGUUUUUGAGUACCUUUUCUGGUGCCGUCAGUACCUUCAUCUUGAUUGUUUACGCAACACCUAUAUUCGCCGCUCCUCUGGUACCAUUGCUAGGAUUUUAUUACCUGAUUCAAAGUGUGUAUAGAACGACUGCUCGAGAGCUCAAGCGUCUCGACUCAAUCACUCGUUCUCCAAUAUAUGCCAAUGUUGGCGAGAGUCUAACGGGAUUGUCUACAAUUCGAGCCUACAAUAUGGAAAAUGAAUUCAUCAACAAAAAUGAGGCAUUUAUUGACACCAACAACUCGGUCUAUUAUCUGACAUUGUGUGCUCAGUAUUGGUUGAGUAUUCGUCUCAACUUUAUGGGAGCCUUGUUGAUGUUCUUUGCUGGUACUUUUGGUGUGACUGCUAGGGCAACAAUCUCAGCAGCCUUACUCGGUCUUUCACUCUCAUACGCAUCAUCAGUAACCCAAAUGCUGUCGUGGUGUGUUCAACAAUUCACCAAUGUCGAAUUGAAUAUGAACUCAGUUGAACGAUUGAGUCAUUACUCUCAAUUGGAAGUCGAAGCUGCACCCAUAAACCCUGAUCAUCGACCAAAACAAGGAUGGCCACACACUGGAGAGAUUAAUAUCAAGAAUCUUCAACUCAAAUAUGGCAAAGAUUUGCCAUUGAUUCUGACUGACGUGUCGAUGAACAUUAAAGAUGGAGAGAAAAUUGGAAUUGUUGGACGAACCGGGUCUGGUAAAUCUAGUUUGAUGCAAGCGCUUUUCAGAAUGGUGGAGCCAUCGGCUGGAACCAUCGAAGUAGAUGGAGAAAACGUUCUCACUCUAGGACUGCAUGACUUGAGAACUCGUCUUGCCAUUAUUCCGCAGGACCCGACCUUGUUCUCUGGAACAGUUCGAUAUAACCUCGAUCCCUUUAACGAACAUACUGAUAAUGAUCUAUGGGAGGCAUUGGAGCGGUCAUCUAUGAAGGACAAGGUCUCUCAAAUGGAUGGUAAACUUGAAGCGAAAAUCACUGAAGGUGGUGAGAAUCUCUCUGUUGGUCAACGUCAGCUACUGUGUCUUAGCAGAGCUUGUUUGCGUAAACCUCGAGUGCUGGUCUGUGAUGAAGUGACUUCCAAUAUUGAUUACGAAACUGAUGCAACUGUCCAAAGAGUACUAAGAGAAGACCUCGGAACUUCAACAGUGUUGACUAUUGCACAUCGUCUCAAUACGAUAAUAGAUUAUGAUAGAGUGCUAGUCCUUGAUCAAGGUCGAAUCGUCGAAUUUGAUUCUCCAAAAUCACUCUUGUCUAACCCGGAUUCUCAAUUCGGAAAAAUGGUUGAUGAGACCGGGGAUUUCAACAGUAAAAUGCUUCGUGAUCUGGCUUCGGCUGCCACAGCUUCUCCAUCUGUUGUUGCUGCUGCUGUCCUGCAAACUUCUGAUGUUGCCGAUCAGCAAAUGUAG